UCCGAAUAUAGUCGAGAAAUUAUAACACUUGACGAAAAUAAAUAGUUUAUAAUGCAGUAGUUUUCAAUCACUUAUAGGCAAGAAACGAAUAAUUUUCAGUUAUUAAUGUCAGUAAAUUGUUUCUUUGCAAAUUAGUUUUUAUUUUUAUUACAAGGAUCCGGUUUUUAUACUAUAUCAACAAGUGAAUGUUUUUCGUGAAAUGAUGAAAUCAACUUAAUUAAUAUAUUUGGAUUUUGAACAAAAUUUAAAAGUUAAUUGAAUGUAAAUAAAUUGUAUACCAUAAUAAAGAAGUUAUGGAAUCAUUUCUAUCUACAUCGAAAGCAGUUCUGUCAAAGCUAUUUAAUUACAAAAGAAUUCGCAUCGUUUUGGGUAAUGGAACUUGCGACUUAGAUUCUGCCAUAUCAACAUUAAUUCAAGCUUUUUCUGAAUAUUUGGAUGGAAUAAAAAACAAUGAAAAAGAUUUGGCAGUUAUUCCAUUGAUGAACAUACCUGAAAAAGAAUAUCGGUUAAAAACGGAAGUCGUAUUUUUUAUGAAACGUCAUAGCAUAUCCUCUAAUUUGCUCAUAUUUAGGGAUCAAAUAGAUUUGAAAGCUUUAAAAGAAAAUGUUGAAAUCAAAUUGGAAAUCGUGCUUGUCGAUCAUCAUAAUCUUCCAAACGAAGAUAUGUAUCUAAUGGAAUCUAUAAUUAAAAUAAUCGAUCACAGACCACAAGAUAAACGAUGGCCAUGGACGGGCAGGAAAGUGUAUUUGGAAAAUGUAGGUAGCUGUGCAACUUUAGUGGCGCGAAAUUUAUUUGAUAAACAUCCAGAAGUUAUAGAUUCACAGAUAUCGAGUCUUUUGCGAGGUCCUAUUUUGAUCGAUACAUAUAAUUUAUCGAAAAAAGUCGAUCGUGCUACUUCUAUGGAUAUUGAAAUUAUAGAAGCUCUCGAAAAAAUUGGAUCAUUAGAUCUAGAUAGGAAUAAAGUAUUUAACGAAAUCUUCAAUGCAAAAUCUGAUAUUAGUGAAUUAACUGUUGAUGAUCUUUUGAUCAGAGAUUUAAAAGAAACCUCUGGAGUGCCAAUUACUGUAUUGCCUAUAUUAGUGAAGAUUUACAAGGAAGUUUAAAAAGUCUUGAAAAUUUUGUUCUAUCUAAGAAUAUCACGAUCAUUAUUGUAAUGGGAUUGGAUCUUACUUCAGAAAAAGUGUUUCGAGAUAUUGCUAUUUUUUCUUUGGCUACUGAUCAAUUGA